UACUGCAAGUAAAGGUCACCGAUUAGAAACAUGAGAAAAGUGGGGGAUCGAGGACAGUUUUGUCAGUGAGCGAGCAGCUCUUAAACGAUAAGAGAAAAUUGUUUGAAAAUGAACUCAUUGUGUUCCAUUAGCAGUUCCCUCCGUGGUUUCCUCCCUACGCAUAUUGUACCCACAAAACUCUACGAAAAUGUCCAAAUUGUCGUCCGGGAAGGAGAUUCCAGGCGUGUGAAACUUCUCUCCGGUGGUGGAUCUGGCCAUGAACCCGCUCAUGUUGGCUACGUUGGUCCCAAUCACCUCACCGCGGCAAUUUGCGGUGAAAUCUUUGCAUCACCGUCAGUGCAGCAAAUUCUUGCUGGAAUCCUUGCAUCAGGUGGCAGAGAUGAUACCUUCCUGUUGAUUGUUAACAACUACACAGGUGAUUGGCUGAAUUUUUCCCUCGCACGUGAUAUUGCAAAGAACUCCCUGGGCUAUGGACAAAUUGAAAUUCUCCUCGUAACCGAUGAUAUAGCCAUUGAGAAUGUUCAGGAGAGUGUGGGAGCACGAGGACUUGCGGGAUGUGUGUUGAUUAUCAAAAUUGCCGGAGCAAUGGCUGAAGAUGGGAGAUCCCUUCGUGAUAUACAUUCAUUCUGCACGGAUCUCUUCACGCGGAAACUCCUCCUUACAGUUGGAUUUACCUUCGAGAGCAACCUCAAAACUGGACAAAUCUCCCAAAUUGAGAUUGGAAAGGGAAUUCAUGGGGAACCAGGUGCAACGAGGGAUACAAAUCUUUCCACCUUCGAUGACAUUGCUGAAGAUUUAUUGGAGAAAUUCCUCAAAUAUACCCCAAAGGGGGCGGAAGUUAUUGUAAUGAUUAACAAUCUUGGAGGGACAUCCCAGCACAUCCUAAAUGUCUUCUCCUGCUCAUUGCUACCCAGAAUUAACAGCAGCUUCCACAUAGUUCAUACCUUUUCAGGGACAUUUAUGACUUCCCUCAAUCAGGAGGGAAUCUCUGUGACCCUGCUGAAUAUUUCUGACCGAAAGGAAAUCCUUGAGUACGUGUUGAGAACCAUUGGAACGGGUAUUCCGCAGCCAAAACCAAUUUUUACCAACUGGGACACAACGAUUUUUGAAGAAUUAAUUCUGGAUGGAAAUUCUGACAAACAGAUCGCCCAGAAGGAUCCCCAACUUCUCGCCGCAGCCUUCAGGAAUGCCUGUGAGGAUCUCCUGAAAGAAUGUACCUUACUCAAUGAAAUGGAUGCCGAAUUGGGUGAUGGGGACACGGGUUCAACCAUCUCUCGUGGAGUAUCUCACUUCCUCACCCAUUUCUCCCGCACUGAAGACUUCCUCCAUCCCGGAACAUUUCUAAAGCGCCUCAGUUGGGAACUUUCUAGUCGUAUGGGUGGAUCAAGUGGAGCUCUAUAUGGAAUUUUCUUUCAAGCUGCUUCCACGGCUUUCGGCAAAUCUCAUCCGGAUUCCUCUCCCAAUGAACUUGACUUGUGGAUUGAGGCACUUCACAGGGGGAAUUUAGCCCUUCAGGCUGCAGCUAGGUCAAAACGUGGGGAUCGCACUAUGUUAGAUCCUCUCCUGACUAUUGAGGAUUUCCUACAAAAAUCCUCUUCAUUGCCAACUUCCGUGCUCGCUGAGAAUAUCUCGCGAAUUGUGGCUGAGAGUGCAGCUGCAACAAAGACAAUGAUCCCCCGGGCUGGUAGGGCUGCCUACACGACUACAACACUUAAAACUGACCUGAUUUAUCCUGAUCCAGGAGCUCAUGCCGUGGCAAUUUGGGUGAGAGGUGCUGCUAAAUGUUUCCAGCAAAAAUAAAUCGUCGCUUGUAUCAACAAUUGUCGUAUAAAAUAUUAUUUUUAUAUCAAAGUUAUUUUUUCUUAUUCUAAUAAAAAAAAUCAAAUAAAUUGUCUCAUAAAA